GGAGAUGAUGCUGAGUGAUAAAGUGUGUAACAUUAGCUACAUGUGUUUUAGUCGGACAUGGGGUGCAUGGUCCUUGCUAAGGGAGUUUUCAUUUGCCUUUCGGAAAAUUUUGCAAAGCCAGAUUGUAUUUUAAGAUGUAUAAGUCGUGUAACGUUGCGCAAAUGCCACUCUGCUUCAAAGGAACAAACGGAGAUUAUAGCGACAGCGUCAACAAAAAGAAAACGACGAGCUUGAACUUGAAGAUAAAAACGGAGAAUUUAAAUGACGAUCUACUGAGAAAGGUUAAACAGGGUCUUACAAAAGGCUUGCCUAUCGUCCACCAUGAUGGUUAUGUCUGUGACCACCCAGUGAAGCACAGGUUUGCAAUGAGAAAGUUCCAAACCGUAUUCAGACAUCUCAGAAGCGACAGUGUAAUCUCAGUCAAGCAGGUUGUGCAUCCGGACAUGGUCGGAGAGGACACAUUGGCUGGGGUUCAUAAGCCAGAGUACAUACAGGAUUUUUUCAAUGGCACUACCUCUGCGGCUGCCCAGAGGAAGACAGGGUUCAAAUGGAGUGAGGGUCUGGUAAAAAGGUGCAGGUUUGAAACAGGGGGCACCAUAACAGGCGCAAGACUUGCUCUGGAAGUGGGGAUGGCUUCAAGCACAGCAGGGGGGACCCAUCAUGCUUUUCCAGACUACGGCUCAGGCUUCUGUCUGAUCAAUGACAUGGCAGUGGCUACAGACUUUGUGCUGAGGCAAGGGCUGGCAGAGAAAGUAUUGAUCGUUGACCUGGAUGUUCACCAGGGCGAUGGAACUGCCUACAUAUUUAGAGAAAAUGACUGUGUUUUUACAUUCUCCAUGCAUGGUGUGAAUAAUUUUCCAGUUAGGAAACAGCAGAGUGAUUUGGAUGUAGAACUUCCAGAUAAAACAGGGGAUAAAUCAUAUAUGGAGAGGUUACAGGAGUUAUUACCCCAUUUAGUGAAGUCUUUCCGUCCAGAUCUUGUGGUCUACGACGCAGGGGUUGAUCCUCAUGAAAAAGAUGAAUUGGGAAGACUUUGUCUCACUGAUCAAGGGCUUUUUGAUAGAGAUUAUUAUGUUCUGAAGUACCUGUCCUCCCAAGGGUGCCCAUGUGUGACUGUGAUAGGAGGAGGUUACGCACAAGAUGUUGAUUUACUUGGACUCAGGCAUACUAUUAUACACAGAGCAGCUACCAAGGUAUGGCAGGAAAUGAAGGGCUGUUCAAUAUAAUGGUGGUAUUACCUGCUUAACAGUAUUAAUUAUACAAAAGAGUUUAUUUUAUGUUGUUUUUAACAGCUUAUAUUUUGAAAAUUCAGUAAGAAAUCAUGGUGAUUUAUUCUUGAUUAAGUUGUAUGGUUUUAUGAGUAUAUUAAACAAGACAGUUAAUUUCUAGUACUUUGCAUUGUAUUAAGAGCAUAUGAUUUGAUUUAGGAUGAAGACAGUGGGUGCCUUAGGUAUUCAUAUCAUUAUUUUAUUACAUAACAGCUAUGUAAGGAGAUAUAAUGCAAUAUAACUUGAUGUUCACUACACAUACACGCUUAGAUAGCGCGGUUCAUAAGCCCCCUUUGGCAUCAACAAAAAUUUGUCUCGAGUUCUUGCCAAAAACAUCCCAAUUUACAAAUUUUCCACUUUGACAAUACACCCUAGCACCUGAAACAAUUGUAGUUUGAAAAUGAAGCUGUUAUUAUGAAAUCCCAGGCACAUUCUCAAAGACAAAGCUUACAUCUAACAAAUAAAUUCUUUCAUGGGUUGGAGGUCCUAAUUAGUUUUUGACAGUGGUGUAAAUUUUUCUCUGAGAAAAACAAAUUUAGCUAUAACAAAACUAUAACAAAACUAUAAUGCAGUAAUAUAAUAAUGAUAUGAAAUUAAUUGAAAUAAACUUUUUAUUGAUAUGCAUCCUGAUGGUAUAUCUUGUUCCAUUAAUAAGAUAACCCCCAUCUUCAUCUCUUUAUAUUAAAAUAUGAACUUUUCAUUUUCAUAUUUAAUGAUA